AAAUAUCAACCUAGCUAGGCUCCUCCUUUAAAGAUAUCUACCGUUACAUCUCUCUUUCUCUCAGUCUGUAACUCAUCUUUCUCUCUCUCCCUCUCUCUGAUACUUCUUCAGUCUGUGUUGAUCGUCAGUCAUGGCUGCAGGGAAGAUGAGAUUCAUGGUUUUGUUAAUGGCAACUAGUAUGAUGUUACUUCAAGUAUCAAUGGCUACUGUUUACAAAGUUGGAGAUGAACCUGGAUGGACUACCAUGGGUAAUGUUGACUACCAAAAAUGGUCUUCUUCUAAGACUUUCCGUGUUGGAGAUGUCAUCUUGUUCACAUACAAGACUCAGUACCACAAUGUGAUGCAAGUAACUCACCCUCAGUACCAGGCCUGCAAUGUAACGGCUCCACUCAAGACUUUCACAACUGGAAAUGAUUCAAUCACUAUUACAAGGAAUGGUCAUUACUACUACCUCUGUGGCUUUCCUGAUCAUUGCCAGCAAGGUCAGAAAGUUGAUAUCCGGGUUGCUCGUUUGACAACUGCCUCAUCAGCUACAUCACCUGCUGCAUCACCUUCAAGCGCACCAGCAAAUACACCUGCAUCUCCCAAAAACAGUGCUGCUAUUCCUUCCAUUGGUGUUCUUGGCAAGUCGAUGGUCCUUGUUCUGACUAUUUUCGCAGGAUUUGGUUUCUAGUGAUAGAUUUAUAGUGUGUAUUUCAGUGUUUUUCUCAUUUGGGUAGUCGCUUUUUUUUUUAUGUGUGAGGGAAUCAGAACUGCUGUCAUUUGGUACUUGCCAGUGGAUUCUUGAACUUGAUCAGUUUUGUGGUUUAUAUAUUCAUGAGGUCGGAACUCAGAAGUUAUCUUGGAUGUUGGCAGGAUAUUAUUAUAGAAACAAAGUUUUUCUCUUUAAAUCA